CGUCUGUUUCUCGUCGGACUGUUGUUGGAGCUGCACCACAACCUGGAACGACUCGUCCCGCGCGCGACGAAUGCGAAACAAAAACGGUGAAGUUGUAAACAAACAAACAGACAGACAGACAGACAGACAGACAGACAUGUUUUGUUGGACGGACGGAAGCAGCGAGAAUCUCCGCGGCCUCGAGAACACGUCGAAGGCCGAGAUUCUGAGAGGAAUUGUCGCAGAGAAAAUGUCCACGGCCGCGAAGGAAAUCUUAGCGGUGGUGGAGAGAACCGUGACCGGGUACGAGGAGGAGGUUGCGGGCCUCAGGCUGGAGAUCGACCGGCAGAAGCAGCAGCUGCGGGUUCUGCUGCAGCCGCGGGUCAAACUGGAGAGAACCGCUCUGAUCACAGACGUCGGCACGCGAGACGUGGACCUGGACAAAGACGAGGAGCAGCAAACACAGCAGUCAGUAGGGGGAGACAGCGGGAGCGCGGAUUUCCUGUGCUACGGCGACGGUGACGAUUUUGGUUCUGACGAUGAAGAGCAGACGGUGCAACCGGAAACAAACUCCCCACAGAAACAACAAGAUCUGCAGGAUCCAGAUUUUCAGAUCGAGUCCAGCUCCGUGAAAAGAAAACCCGGCAGACCUCGGAUCAACGACUCGGAGUCAAAUCACCUGGAUUUGAAGCUCCGCCUCCUGCACGGCGCGCAGGUCGACCGUCUCUCUAAUGCUGUGUUGAAAAAGUGCCCCCUGCUGGAGUUGCAGUGCCCUCGCGGCCUGCAGGAGGCAGACUUCCUGCAGCUGCUGCACUCCACCUUCCCUCAGCUGCCGCCCCACAAACACGUGGACGUGUUCGUGAGCGACAGGAGCCGCAGACUGUUUCCUCUGAGGACCAGGACCCUGACGCCGGAGGAAAUCCUGACCGCCAUCAGGUCAUCGGGGGCGGGGAAGUCUGCCCUCUACCUGCGACUGAAGAGAGACGAGGCGGAGGGGAAGGAAGAGGCGGAGCUUCACAUGCUGCCAGGAAACAAGAAGGAGGACAUCACGGCGACAGAACAGGAAGCAGGAAGCAGUUUGAGAGCAGACGCUCGCGCCGUCAGCUCGCCAUCGCAACAGUCCGACUGGAAACCGCCCAAAAAAACCAGGAGGACGGAAGCACCCGGAGGCCACAGCACGACGCCGAGUAAGCUGCGGUGUCACGUUUGUGGGCGGUCCUACAAAUUCCGGGGCGGCUUCUUCAAACACGCCUGGAGCCACGUGGACGAGCUGCUGCGCGAGUGUGGCGUGUGCGGCGCUCGCCUCGACUCCGUGGACGAGCUCAAGGCUCACCUGCGACGCCAGCACGAGAUGCACGACUGCGCGCUCUGCGGGAAGUCCUACUCCAGCGCCGGCAAGCUCGCCGCACACGUGGCCACGCACGCCGAGCAGAACCGCUUCAGGUGCGACGCGUGCGGUAAGACCUUCACGCACCGCGCCAGCUUAAAGAAUCACCGCUGGGUUCACGUGGCGGAGAAACCGCACAGCUGCGGCGUCUGCGGCAAACGCUUCGGCCUGAAGACGCAGCUGAAAUAUCACAGCAAGACGCACGGCGCUCCCGACGCGUACCGCUGCGGCGAGUGCGGGAGGACGCUCAGCGGCGUCACGGCGUUCCGGCGCCACAGGGCGACUCACCUGGCGGAGCAGCGCUGCGUCUGCGAGGUGUGCGGGAAGCGCUUCAAACACCCCGACCGGCUGAAGGCGCACCUGAGGGUCCACGCGGCGCGGGAGCGGCGCUACCUCUGCGACGUCUGCUGCAAGACCUUCCUGUCCAACGGCGCGCUCAAAGGUCACCUGCGCACGCACAGCGGCGAGCGGCCGUUCGUCUGCGACGUCUGCGGCAAGCGCUUCGUGGCCAGAAGCUGCCUGAUGAGACACACGGCGGUGCACUCGGACGCGGCGCCGCACACCUGCGCCGAGUGCGGCCGCUCCUUCAAGACCACGAGUUCUCUCAAGACGCACGCCGCGAGCCACGCGGGCGUCAAGCGGUUUGUGUGCAAGGUCUGCGGCAAAGGCUGCGCUCGCCAGGAUCACUUGACCGUUCACAUGAGGACGCACAACGGCGAGCGGCCGUACAAGUGUUCGCUGUGCGACAGAGCGUUCACGCAGAGCCACUGUCUGAAGACGCACAUGAGGAGACACGAGACGGACGCACACGCUGGAGACGACGGAGGACACGGGUCCCAGAGACCGGACGCACAGUCCUGAUCCUUUGUUUCCUUCACAGGUCCAUUGUUGUGUAAGUGGCAAAAGUUUGAAAGAAACAUCGACAUCGACAUGUUUUUUUUUACAAAAUACUUUUUAAUUUAGACUUUUGAAUCACUGAGUGAAAACAUGGCUGCCAGUUUAUAUCCACACAUGUUCACGUCUUUAUCUCACUGUGAGACUUUUUUAGCGACAAAACACCUGAACUAACUCUUUAGCAUUCAAGCAAAACGUCUAACACACAGAAAAGUAACGAUAAUAAAUAAAUCUGUCGAAAAUA